AUGGCGACACUGGACUUUGCUCUGAAGAACGAGACUGGCUCCAAUACAGUCUAUGCCUAUAUCACCGGCUAUGCCAUCGACCGCAAUAAUGCGCUUGUUUUACUGCAGGCCGACGGCAAGACGCCGUAUUAUCCAAAGUCACCUUCACAGACUCUCACUGCGUUGGAUCAAGAUUGCGCGAUUCCACUCGGCCCUCCUGGAAGUACCAAAACAAUCUCGAUCCCUCACAUGGCAGGAGGACGCCUGUGGUUUGUGUGCGAUGGCAAACUCACUUUCUAUGUGAAUCCGGGACCUGCACUCGUGGAGCCCUCUUCCUCGAAUCCAUCCGAUCCCAAUUACAAUCUGUAUUGGGAUUUCUGCGAAUUCACGUGGAAUUCUUUCCAGCUAUACGCCAACGUCACCCUGGUUGAUUUUGUGUCAUUGCCUAUUGCGCUGACCCUGACCACGACGUCGGGUGCCACUCAUUCGGUCCUGGGAUUCCCAUCAGAUGGUCUGGAGACGAUCUGCUCCGCUCUGCAAGAGCAGAAUGCCAAGGACCACGCUGGAUGGGACAGGCUGAUCAUAUCCAACAAUGGGAAGCAUCUCCGCGCCGUGUCCCCCAACACCGGCAUUGUUUUGGACAAUACGCUCUUCAAGAAUUACUAUGAGCCAUAUGUGGACAAAGUCUGGGAGAAAUACUCGGGCGAUAGCCUGACUGUCAACACACAAGCUGGCGCGGGGGAUCUCAAGGCCAAGGUAUCCGGGGGCAAGCUCGCUUUUACCUCUGAGGAUAUCUCAUACGAGAAGCCCUCUACUGCAGACAUCUUCAGCAACAGUUCUGGCGCCUUUGCCGUUUCGGGUAAUGGUACGAAAGAUGCCGUUACUGCAAGACUGGCGGCUGCAUUCAAUCGAUCCACAUUGUUGAUUGACUCGGAGCAACCGAACGGCGAGACUGUGGCCGACUAUUACCAGGAUCCCGUGACAAACCACUACUCGCGAAUCUGCCACGAAGUCUCUAUUGAUCACCGAGGCUAUGCGUUCCCUUAUGACGAUGUGGCUCCGAGCAAUGGUCAAGAUCAGUCCGGAAGUGUGUUUGACUCGAACCCGAAACUGUUAACAGUCACGUUGGGAGCCCCGGGCGCGGGUUCAAGCAAUGCAACAUCCCAGUCGGCCCCAAAGGAAGAGACGCCCGUCGCGCAUGAGACACAUUCAAGCCCAGCCCCCGAGCAACCGAACAAGAACAGGGACAAGAAGAAGAAAUUGUUUGCCGGGUUGAAACAGGUCAUGCAGAGGCUGUCCCAGAACAAGUAG